AUGGAUAUUGUUCAUGAUAGAUCAAGACGGGGACGAGUUAGCAUUAGGACAUCUAAACACGCCAAUCCGAUAACUGUCAUAAUAGUUAAACCCAUUGCAGAAUCCAAAGGAGGAAAGUUGAAAGAACAUACUAAUGAAUACAGAAGAGCGUUUGCAUAUAAAUGUCCAGCUCUUUAUUUCAAUGCUCGAGUAUUGGGAACAAAAUGGAUUGUGGAUUAUGUCACUGAUCUGUUUAGCCUAGAUAUCAACGGAUUACUAGCUGAUAGAUACGGUACGUGGGCACUCGAUUGGAUCAAUAAUCGACAGGAGAAGAUGCUGAAGUGUUUCGACUGGCAAAAGAAUCCCAAAAACGCACGUGUUUCACACAUCUUUAAUAUCGAUGGCAAUGUCUCUAACAAUUUAAAAUUCAAUGGAGAACUGGGACCAAUGAAACAGUUGUGGAUCCGUUCCAACGGACACUGGGUAACUUGUGAUAACUUGAUGAAUUUCGACUGUUGCUAUAUUCUUAUCGAACGAUCCAGACUCUCCAUCUCUGAUUUGAGUUCAUUUUUAAGACACUGGAGGGCUGGUGGAUCACCCCGAUAG